AUGUCAGAUUUAUCUUCGGCAGACCGCCCCUUUGACAACAUUAUCAACUUCCGUGAUGUGGGGAAGUCGAUUAACGGCCUUACGGGGAGGAGGAUAUUAAAAGAGAGGGUUUUAUAUCGCAGUGCGAGACUCGACGACGCCUCCGAACGAGAUAAACGCCGAUUAAGCGAUGAACUGCAUAUUUCCACGGUUAUCGAUUUGCGCUCUGUGACGGAACACCGCAUGGCCGCCCAAAAGCGGCGCGAACAGCAUCACCUCUCUUCAUCACCAAGUCCAACCCCAGAACAAGGACAAAAAGCAGAGGCAGAGGCAGAAACAGGACCAGACGAACAACAGAACCUAAUGACAGAUGACUACACCCACCUCGACCCACUCCCCGGCAUCAACCGUGUUCUGAUCUCUCUGACUGGAAAGGCAUGGGAGAGGUCAUUGAUUUGGAGAUUGGAUUGGAUGAAUUUCUUUAAAGUCCUAGGUCUUGCAGCCUCGGGCUACAGAACCGAAGCCGUGAAAAUCGUCGCACAGGAAGUCAUGGCUCCGCGGGGCCUUAUCGGUCUUGGACAGGAUACGUUGGACUACAGUACCUCUGAGAUGAAAGAAGUAUUCAAUUUGCUGGCUGGUCAGCAUGCUCCUGCCAGUUACGGCAGUGACAGUGAGAAUGAGACCGAGGAUGAAGGGGAGGCAUUGCCGCUCCUCCUGCACUGCACUCAAGGGAAGGACCGGACGGGUUUGGUCAUUCUUCUGCUGCUGUUUUUGACGCAUGUUCCUGAGAAUGCUAUUUCCGAGGAUUACAUGCGUUCUGAGCCUGAGUUGAUGGUCGAGGCUGAGGAGCGGCUUAGGGAGAUUCGGGCGAUGGGGAUCCCUGAAGAGUAUAUUAAAUGUCCUGCUGGGUUUACGAGGGCGAUCCGCGGGUAUCUAGAGGAAAAAUAUGGAGGUAUCGAGGGGUAUUUGGAAAUCGUAGGCGUCGGGAGGGAGACACAAAAGAGGAUCAAGGAAAGGUUACUUGCAUAG